AUUUUCCAUCGCAGCUCAUGGCAUUUACCAGCAGCUCAUCGCCCGCUUGGGACUAUCGAAGCUCCCCGGAAGCGUUGGGUGUUGUCCCGUUCCUGUGGCAGCGGCGGAAUGCCACGGAAACCCCAACGGAAAUGAGUCUCCAGACGACCCAGUUCUCCAGUUUCGGUGUUGGCCAAAUUCUGUGGCUCGCCAUCAAUGCUUUCUUGUUUGCCCUCAUCCUGGGCGGCAAUAUCCUGACCAUUGUGGCGGUGCGCACCUGUCGCCACCUGCGAUCGGUCAUCUCCAAUCUGUUCAUCCUGUCGCUGGCCGUCUCCGACUUCUGUGUGGGAUUGGCUUUGCCCUAUCACCUGGUCUUCUACAUGGGCUCGGAUAUUGGCGCCAUGAGAGGUCCCUGCCUGCUGCGCUUCUUCCUGCUUAUCUGCGCCUGUUGCGUGUCCAUGCUGACUCUAAUCUCGAUUGCGGUGGAUCGGUAUAUAGCAGUGGUCUAUGCCCUGCACUACAGAAGAUACAUGACCCGUCGAGUGGCCUAUAGCAUCAUCAUAUCCAACUGGUGCUUGGGUGCCUUGGUGGCUCUACUGCCCGUUUUCUGGAAUCGAUGGCCGAAGGCACAGGCGUGCGAAUUCGACGAGGUUCUCUCACCCGGUUACAUAGCCGGUGUGAUAACGCCGGGAUUCGGGAUCAUCUGGAUUUGCAUGUUCCUCGUCUACUGGCGCAUCAUGCGCGAGGCAUCCAAGCAAGCGCUGCGAUUGCGGCAGUCGGUGGUCUACAACACGGACGAGGCCAGCACCAUGCGGAGUAUGCUGCUCCAUCCAGACUGGAAAAGCGUGCAGAUUGUGGUAUUCAUCAUGGGCUGCUUCACGCUCUGUUGGCUACCGUACUUCUGCGUGGCCAUUGCCCAGCUAUUCAGCAUCUGCCGGAGCAGCUCGAUGAUCUACAAAACGACGUUUUCUCUGGCCAUUGCCAACUCUGCUCUCAAUCCGAUCAUUUACUCGUGGAAGAACUCCGGCUUCCGGCGAGCCUUUGCCCAAACACUGUGCUGCCGAACGACGAGGCAGUGCGAGGAUCAGUUGCCGGCGGACAGCAAGCACCGCAUGGAGGGCACAUCCUCCUCCGCGGGCUACCAGCAGGAGAUCAAACCGAAGGCCACUCAGUGAUCGACGGAACGGGAAAUCUACCGCUUUGAUUUGGUGGAAUUCACUUGAGAUGAUAGCAAUAAAAGUGGACAUUAUCUUU